GUCUGCCCCUGGCGUUUAACUGGCGCUUCUUGUGUAGUUGAGACGAUAGGUGUCGCACACAUUGUGUUGGCAAAAUGGCAAACGAGGAAGAGAAGUAUUUCAAAGAACUCGACUUCAAAAUAGAAAAUCUUCGGAAACGUGGCCUCGAACUCGGACUCUCAGAAAAGGAGAUUGACAUUUGCAUGAUACAAGCGACCAAGCAGAGAAUAAAUCAUAAAGAAGAUCGUACUUUAUUUUCUCUGUUGAUGAGAUUCUUGAAGUAUUCAUUUUUCAUUUGUGCGAUACUGUUUUUAUUGGUGAUAACAUUUUCUUUUGUUGUGACUCACAAUAAAGGUGUGCAGCUUUUUAUGGGAAGAGUUCUUGCGCCCUAUGGGUAUACAAUAUUUAGAGCGAUACGACUGGCGUUUCUUCCGGUCACAAAGAAUACAAACAUAACAAGAUUUUAUGAAGAAGAAUGUCUCAUCUACAAUCCUUACUUCCGUGUGCCAGAGACUAGUUGUGAGCUCUGCAGUUAUGUCAAAGAGAUAGAAGAAAGAUCUCAAUACGCAGACUUGGAUGUGAACAAUCCAGCACAGCCAUUUAUUAACAGACAAGCUCUUGGACAACCUGUUACAUUUGAAGACCUGAGAACAGCAUACAAAGAGAAUGCAGAAAAACUUCAGGCUUCUGUGAUGAAUUUCAGAAGUAAUGAAAUGUCUCUCAGGUCUUUUAAAGAUUUGUUUGCUGUCAACAGUCCUGUUGAAUUGCAAAAGCAGAUUGGUGACAUGUUUCACACAGAAUAUGUCUCUAGAAAGGUUGCUGGUGCUCAGGUGCUGAGGAGACUGUUUCAUAGACCACAUUUUGUCCCUGCUGAAACAGAAGUCGCCUUAGAGAAGUUUGUGUUUGUCGAUGGACCAAAAGCCAAACCAUAUAAAUUUAGUUUGGCCCAGUUCUCCAAUGUGUGGUAUGCCCAAGGGCAAGGUUCAAGAAGACUGAUAUUACUUCCAUCUGUAAACUGCUUGGGUGAAUGCAAGAAAUUUGAGAUCACACUAAAGGAAAGAGAUAUAUUGUUUUACAGUGAUGAAUUUUGGAGGGCAUCGUCUUACCCAGUUCCUCAAAGCCAGGAAAUAAGUAUUGCAUUUAAGGGUUCUUUCUUCUAAGAUAUGCUAUACAGUAUUACAGUAGUUUUAUAGAAUGGUGCUAGUGAUACAGCUUAUUUUUACUUGACCACUUGAUUACAUGUUGACUGUAUGUCUUCAUAUGGAAUAAUUCAUGAUUAUACAAUGUUGUUUAUUAGUUCUCUCAUGGGGUCAAUUGAAUAUACAGUAGGAUGGUAACAAAUCCAUGCCUAGGGAAAGUAAUCAACUUUUAAUCAACAAAUGUUCUUUACUUCAUUGAUAAUUCAAAAUUUGCCCUCCUUCAAAUAAGUUCCUGUGGUUAUGUAAUUGCAUUGUCAUUUAGUGUGGCAGAACAUUCAGGUAUAUUUUGUU